UGGGAACGCCCACGGCAAGGUGGACUGGGGCUACUGCGACUGCAGACACGGGUCAGUACGACUUCGCGGUGGCAAAAACGAGUUUGAAGGUACAGUGGAAGUCUAUGCAAAUGGAGUUUGGGGCUUAGUCUGCAGCAGCCACUGGGAUGAUUCUGAUGCAUCGGUCAUUUGUCACCAGCUGCAGCUGGGAGGAAGAGGAGCAGCAAAACAAAUCCCGUUUUCUGGACUGGGCCUUAUUCCCAUUUAUUGGAGCAAUGUCCGUUGCCGAGGAGAUGAAGAAAAUAUACUGCUUUGUGAAAAAGACAUCUGGCAGGGUGGGGUGUGCCCUCAGAAGAUGGCAGCUGCUGUCACGUGCAGCUUUUCCCAGGGCCCCGCGUUCCCCGCCCUCCGUCUCGCUGGGGGCAGCAGCGCGCGUGAGGGCCGAGUGGAGCUCUACCACGCCGGCCAGUGGGGGACUGUCUGUGACGACCAGUGGGAUGAUGCGGACGCAGAAGUCAUCUGCAGGCAGCUGGGGCUGAGUGGCAUUGCCAAAGCAUGGAGUCAGGCGUAUUUUGGGGAAGGAACUGGCCCAGUGAUGUUGGAUGAAGUGCGCUGCACUGGCAAUGAGCUUUCUAUUGAGCAGUGUCCAAAGAGUUCCUGGGGAGAGCAUAACUGCGGUCAUAAAGAAGAUGCUGGAGUGUCCUGUACCCCUCUAACAGAUGGGGUCAUCAGACUUACAGGUGGUAAAGGCAGCCAUGAGGGUCGCCUGGAGGUGUAUUACAGGGGACAGUGGGGGACUGUCUGUGAUGAUGGCUGGACUGAGCUGAAUACAUAUGUGGUCUGCCGACAGCUGGGAUUUAAAUAUGGCAAACAAGCCUCUGCAAACUACUUUGAAGAAAGCACAGGGCCCAUAUGGUUGGAUGACGUCAGCUGCUCAGGAAAGGAAAGCAGUUUCCUUCAGUGUUCCCGGAGACCGUGGGGAAGGCAUGACUGCAGCCACGGGGAAGACGUUGGUAUUGCCUGCUCUCCUGAUGGUGAUGGACACAGACUGUCUCUGGGUUUUCCUAUCAGACUGAUGGAUGGAGAAAAUAAGAAAGAAGGACGAGUGGAGGUUUUUAUCAAUGGCCAGUGGGGAACAAUUUGUGAUGAUGGCUGGACUGAUAAGGAUGCAGCUGUGAUCUGUCGACAGCUUGGCUACAAGGGUCCUGCCAGAGCGAGGACCAUGGCUUAUUUUGGGGAAGGAAAAGGACCCAUCCAUGUGGAUAAUGUGAAGUGCACAGGAAAUGAGAGGUCCCUGGCUGACUGUAUCAAACAAGAUAUCGGAAGACACAACUGCCGCCACAGUGAAGAUGCAGGAGUUAUUUGUGAUUAUUUUGGCAAGAAAGCAUCAGGUAACAGCAAUAAAGAGUCCCUGUCGUCUGUUUGUGGUUUGAGAUUAUUGCACCGUCGGCAGAAGCGGAUCAUUGGUGGGAAAAAUUCUUUACGGGGUGGUUGGCCUUGGCAAGUGUCCCUGCGGCUGAGGUCAUCCCAUGCAGAUGGCAGGCUGCUCUGCGGGGCCACGCUCCUGAGUAGCUGCUGGGUCCUUACGGCAGCACACUGCUUCAAGAGGUACGGCAACAGCACUAGGAACUAUGCUGUCCGGGUUGGGGAUUAUCACACUCUGGUGCCGGAGGAGUUUGAAGAAGAGAUCGGAGUUCAGCAGAUUGUGAUUCACCGGGCGUAUCGACCGGACAGCAGUGACUACGACAUCGCGCUGGUUAGACUGCAAGGACCAGAAGAGCAGUGCGCCAGGUUCAGCAGCCAUGUUUUGCCGGCCUGUUUGCCACUCUGGAGAGAGAGGCCACAGAAAACAGCCUCCAAUUGUUACAUAACAGGAUGGGGAGACACAGGACGAGCCUACUCAAGAACUCUACAACAAGCAGCCAUCCCCUUACUUCCGAAGCGGUUUUGCGCACACCGUUAUAAGGGCCGGUUCACAGGAAGGAUGCUCUGUGCUGGAAACCUCCAUGAACACAAACGCGUGGACAGCUGCCAGGGAGACAGUGGAGGACCACUCAUGUGUGAACGUUCAGGAGAGAGCUGGGUUGUGUAUGGGGUGACCUCCUGGGGGUAUGGCUGUGGAGUCAAGGAUUCCCCUGGUGUUUACACAAAAGUGUCAGCCUUUGUACCUUGGAUAAAAAGUGUCACCAAACUGUAAAUCCUUCAAGGAAACCUCAGUAAUAUUUGAAGAGUCUGUUGGAGAGUUUUCAACAUUAGCAGUCAGAGAUACCAACUAAUGGGAACGGAGACCCAUGUCUGUGUUGUGAUAAGUUAUGUACCCUUUGCUGCUUUUAAGAAUUUGUGAACAUUUUGGUUACAGAUACCUCAGUGUAGUACCAAUUAUCCUGAGAGUAGCAUUGUUGCCUACACAAACUAGUUUCAAACAAGACUAAACCCAUUAUUCUCAUUCGAGUCUUGUCUCUUUCUCAGCAUCUCCCACACAUUACUGUAUACUGAUUGUACAGUAAGGCUGUUUUUACAUCUGUGAAUUGAGAACUCCCUUCAUAAUGGAAUCGAUAUAUAUUCAUAUUAAGAGCUCACAUUUGAUUAAAAAAAUACUCUUACUACACUCAAAAUAAGAGGGACUGUUUUCCUGUUUAAUUUUUGAGCUCAGUUUUUUCAAAAGGCUGACAAGAAAUCUACACGCUGGGUUUCUCUAGCCUUUGUCAGGUGAGGAAAUCAAGGGCCAAAAAGGUAAAGGAAUUCCAUUAUAAACCUAGACUAGAACAGGAUCAGUGUCACAAAACAUUCCUGAAUGAAACCUUUGUACCAAGCACUAUAGCAAACAGAACAUUCUAGCCACCUUCUAUGUUGCUGGUAAAAUUUAGAAAAAUUCUGGUAACAAAAUAAAAGAAUAAUGCCUUCAAGUUGUUAAAUACACAGCCUAACUUAUCCACCUUAUUUGCCAGCAUCAUUUGCUGAUUACUUUUAAUCACUUCAAAUUUUAUAGCUUAGUAAAGCAAGUAUUUCCUUAGCAGCUGCCAUUUUCCAGACUAUGAUACAAGAGUGCCAUCUAUUGCAGCUUUCGGGUAACUGACUUCCACCUGCAGAUUUCCCAAGACUGUUCUGGUACAGUCCCAUCUAAUAAAAACACACCUUUAAAAAUGCUUUACCUGCCUGGAUAGUGGGGAAAGCUCUAAAAUAACUUAAUUCAUAUAAUGUGCUAGGCAAUGCAUUGGGUGGCCAUGAACCUCGUUGGCAAUUUGCCAAGAUUUUAUACUACCCCUGGUUUGCAAAAGCUUAAGAGGUCAAGGUGAGGCAGCUGAUGGAAGGCUUUGAAUCCAAGCUCCAGAACAGGAAGGAGCCCCAAUGCCGACAGCGGUGUUCCCCCAACUCCCUCACAACAGUUCUGUCCUAAGGGAAAUCGUGCACCUCUACAGGGCCAUUCUUGGUAGCAGUGCAGUCUGCCCAAAUAUAGAAGAUAAGCCCCUUGGGAUACUUGAGUAAUCCUCCUCAGAGGUGAGAAUGAUUCCUAAUAUCUUAUAUCCGUCCCAAAAUCCCAGAUAAUUUCAAACAAUUUUUGUAUAUCUAAAUUAUAGAUGCGUAAAAAUACGUGAAGAGGUGAGUGCAAACUAACAUUAAGACGGGUUACACAAUCCUCUUAAAUGGCUAAUCCACCAUGGAGGGACUUCACCUCUUUCCUUUCUGCAAAUUGUGUCCUUUUUGUAAAUUUAUAGCUUUAUAAAAAACUGGUGCUAACCUAGAAGUGCUUUAUAGGUUACCUCUUACAGAACUGUAAUACUAUGCCAGGUAAAAUAGCAUGAAAAUGUUUGUAAAAGCUCAUGAAUCUGAUAAAGGAUAAACUUUGUAAGAAUUUGCCUCUAGACUUAUUGAGGGGUGCACACUUGCACAAGGGCUUGGGAAAAACGUGCAAUACAAGUGAGAAAAUUUAUUUUAUCAAGGCUUUCUCACGGGCCACCCUUCUAGUUAAAUUACAGUGCUGGUAUAGGCAAUGUUCAUAUUGAAAUGUUAGACCCAAGAUUGGCAAACUUAAAGGACAGGUAAUUAACAGGCAGCCUGCAGUUUGCUCAACCUUAAAGUAGAAUAUUGGUCUGUAAAAUAUGCCUUCAUUAUAGCCAAUUUUUUCUUGUGAAAUAUUUAAGUGUGACUUCUAAAGAUACUAGUGUUCAGUGAACAUUUGUGUAAAUAAAAUGCAUAGCUUUUCA